GGAGGGAACUACAAGUUUGUUUCCGAAGCGACAAUAGACUGACUUGCAGCUCGUGGCCCUCACCUGUAUGCCAUGGAAAUUGGGCCUUCUUUCCUCUUCUCACACCUCUGUCUCUUGUUUAUCGUAGGCCCCAGGGUUAAAGAUGCCACAUGAGGUUGUGCCAUGACACGCAUGAUCCAUGACACACACCACGUGGAGCACACGGGUGCUGGCAAAGAACGUUUCUGCCUGCAAUUCAUGAUGACCAAUAAACUGGACACGGCAAUGUGGCUUUCUCGCUUGUUCACAGUUUACUGCUCUGCUUUGUUUGUUCUGCCUCUUCUUGGGUUACAUGAAGCAGCAAGCUUUUACCAACGUGCUUUGCUGGCAAAUGCUCUUACCAGUGCUCUGAGGCUGCAUCAAAGAUUACCACACUUCCAGUUAAGCAGAGCAUUCCUGGCCCAGGCUUUGUUAGAGGACAGCUGUCACUACCUGUUGUAUUCACUCAUCUUUGUAAACUCCUACCCAGUUACAAUGAGUAUCUUCCCAGUCUUGUUAUUCUCUUUGCUUCAUGCUGCCACAUAUACGAAAAAGGUCCUUGAUGCAAGGGGCUCAAAUAGUUUACCUCUGUUGAGAUCUGUCUUGGACAAAUUAAGUGCUAAUCAACAAAAUAUUCUGAAGUUCAUUGCUUGUAAUGAAAUAUUCCUGAUGCCUGCCACAGUUUUUAUGCUUUUUAGUGGUCAAGGAAGUUUGCUCCAACCUUUUAUAUACUAUAGAUUUCUUACUCUUCGAUAUUCGUCUCGAAGAAAUCCAUAUUGUCGGACCUUAUUUAAUGAACUGAGGAUUGUUGUUGAACACAUAAUAAUGAAACCUGCUUGCCCACUGUUUGUGAGAAGACUUUGUCUCCAGAGCAUUGCCUUUAUAAGCAGAUUGGCACCAACAGUUCCGUAGUUUAACAUCUAGUUAAGCUACAAAUAUAGUAUAAGCAUUAUUAGCAGCUGGUACUUCUGCUAGGGGUUGUAAAUUCCAGGUGUUACACUGACCUCAAUCCAAUUUACAUAAUUUACAUAAAUGCAUCUCAGUGGAAAAAUAAUCAUUUUCUUGGCAUGUUAAAUCAAGCUUAAAAAGUUUUGAGAAAAUUUUACUGCGCUGUGUUGCUAAUGGUUAAAAAGUCUGUAUCUAGUGAUACAUGUACCAAUUUUUUAAAAAAGAUGCUGUUGUGCCUAUAUCAUGAAGUACAUUUAUUUCUCUUGUAAAAAUAGCUCUAACAUUUGUUUCAACCGAAUUGGUAACCUGAGUUUAAAUCUGGCAUGCGUUCAUUAUGGUGAUAAACAUAUGUGAAUUCAGUACAUUUUGAGACAGUAUUCUACCAUUCAGUAAUUUUGGUUAAUGAUUUUAACACUUCUCAGUGUAUUUAAUUUCAAAUUGUUUUUUAAUUGGUUUUAUGCUGCUUUGUUAGGACAGAUGUGUUUUGAAUGUACCAUUAUAGGAAGAAUUCUGUGUAUCUUAAACUACGACCUUCUAAAAUUUUAUUUCCAUAAGUACUUCUGUGGCCUUGAGUAUUUUUUAAAAGGCUCAACUGUAAGCCUCUUAGCCAGCUGGAUAAAUAUUUGGGGUCACCUUGCCAUUGAAAGCAGAAAGCAGUAGUGACACAGCUUUCCCUUCAGAGAGCCAUUGAGAAACAGUUCUCAAAUAGGAAAUCCUUCUUUUACUAAUGCAGACAUAUAGAUUAUUCGUAUUAUAGUUUGUAGAACUACCUAGUUCAGAAUCUUGACUGCCAGUUUUCUUGGUUUCUUAGGCUUAAAUUUUCAUUGACAAUUGAAACAGUUUAGAUGCCUUUUGAAAGGAAUGUAACGAAGAUUUAGCAUCUGACUGUAUGUGUGUCUCUUCUGAAAUAAUAAUGGAGAGUGUACUGUGGAUUACAUGUUUACCCAUCAAAUCUGACUUAAAAGGUUAAAUGGAAGGUUUUAUAGGUAAGGUAAUUGAUUGGGAAUGGAGUAGGGGGAGGAGUUGUGGGGGAAUAGUGUGCAUUUCAUUUGGGUUGUAAAAUGUGUUAAAUCCUGUUCAUUGAACUCCCAUCAACUCUUUUAUAAAAUUCAUGCUGAUCUUCAUUACUGUUGCAUGAUUGGAAAUGUUUAAAACAUUGUACAGUUUUAGUACAGAGUAGUGUAAUGGUUUUUGUGACCAGUUUUUGUCUGCAUGUAAUUUGGAUUUCUCAAAUACAUUCAUUAGUAAUUUAUCAGUAACAUUAGUUUUAUUUUUGUUCAUCUUCCUAAUCUAUAAAAAGGGGAUAUUCUUAGGAUAAAUACAUGAAAAAUUAUACUUGAUAGCUUAACUAUAAUCAGCUAUUUUUGUAUUUUUGUAAUAUUUGUCCACAAAGUUGGAGAAGCAGCCUCAUAAUAUACAGUUGAUUUUAUGUGUAUGUAGCUAGUCUUAUUGUCACUAUAUAAGUAAUCUAAUGGUUUUAGAAACUAAAUUUUCUAGAGCAAUAAAAUGACUAUAAUGUUAAGUAAACAUAACAUUGAUUUCUAAUUAUGUUUUUAAAAAUGAAGUCUUGAAUUAUGUCAAGAAAUUUUGGCAGCUGAAGGCUUUUCCUAUAAUUUAAAAAAAUGUUUUAGAUUUAUAGAAGAGUCGGAAAUGUACAAGAGAGGUUUUCUGUUUUGUUUUUGUUUUUUGAGACAGAGUCUCUCUCUGUCACCAAGGCUGGAGUGCAGUGGCGUGAUCCUGGCUCACUGCAGCCUCUGCCUCGCGGGUUCAAGUGCUUCUCCUGCCUCAACCUCGCAAGUAGCUGGGACUACAGGUGCAUGCUACCAUGCCUGUAGUCCCAGCUGUAUUGUAAAAAUACAAAAUUUUUGUAUUUUUAGUAGAGAUGGGGUUUCACCAUGUUGGCCAGGAUGGUCUCGAUCUCCUGACCUCGUGAUCUGCCUGCCUUGGCCUCCCAAAGUGCUGGGAUUACAGGUGUGAGCCACCGCGCCUGGCCUAGAAGAGUUCUUUUGCAUACCCUUUACUCAGCUCCUCUCAUGUUAACAUUUUACGUAACUGUAGAACAUUUAUCUAAAGUAAGAUAUUAGCCCCAGAACAAUACUACUAACUGAAGUAUAAAACUUAUUUGAAUUUCAACAGUUUUUUUUCAUUUCUUAUUUUCCUUUUGUGUGCUCUGUUUAUACCAUGAUCCAUGAUUUUUUUUUUUAAUCAUGAUUAUCUUUUAAAGAUCUGUGUGUCUCUUUUUUGAGUUUUUCCUUUUUAUUUUGAAAAGUACUGUUGGUCAAGAUAAUUGGUCAGUAAUCCAUGUUGGUUUAACAAAAAGAAUUUUAACAUUAAAACUACUACA